GACAACACAGGCACAGUUUUCAGCUACAUCUCGGUCUCAUACCUAGGUACGGUUGACUAACAGCAACUUCAAUUCGUCUUUCGAAAUUCAUAUCAUGUUCAACCCGUAUUAUCUGGCCCCUCUUGGGCUAUUGAGCCUGGCGAAUGGCGUAUUGUCGUCUCCCAUCUUCAGGCCAAUCGGUGGUGGCAACAGCCUCCUUGGCUCGUCAUUCGGAGUGCUUGGUCAAAACCACACUUUCGACUACGUUGUAGUCGGAGGAGGUAUGGCCGGCCUGGCUCUGGCGUCCAGAUUGGCAGAAGACCCUUCUGUGACUAUUGGUGUUGUGGAAGCCGGAACAUUCUAUGAGAUGACCAACGGAAACAACAGUGAAAUCCCUGGCCUUGAUAUCCAGAACGUGGGCAAAGACAAGGAUGACUGGGUUCCCGGCAAUGAUUGGGGAUUUGUAACAACCCCACAGCAGUCUCUUCUCGGGGUUGAAGCACACUAUCCCCGAGGCAAAAUGUGGGGUGGCAGUUCCGCACGGAAUUACCUGACUUAUCACAUGGGAACCAAGGGAUCCUAUGAUAUGUGGGCGGACUUGGUAGGAGACGACUCGUACAGAUACGACGAGUUCCUGCCAUACUUCGUGCGCCACCAGAACUUCACAUCACCAGAUGGCUCCCACCGCUUUGACAAUGCCACACCUCAAUACGAUGACACAGUCCUCGGCACUGGUGGCAAGCUGGACGUUAUUUUUCCCAACUAUGCCAACGCUUUCGGGACCUGGGUUGAGAAAGGUCUGGCCGCUAUUGGCUUGAACCCCAUCAACGGCUUCCAGAGUGGAGAGCUCAUCGGAUCAUCGUAUUCUCUCGCUACCAUCGAGUAUGAAUCCAACACUCGCGCGUCGUCCGAGACGGAGUUCAUGCGCCCAGAGCUGGACAAGGCAGCACCCAACACCAUGUUCUACCCAAACACGCUGGGAAAGAAGGUGCUUUUCGACGACAACAACAAAGCCACUGGUGUCCUAGUAGAGACUGAUGGCUUCGUGUACCAAUUGUCAGCCACGAGAGAGGUCAUCCUGUCAGCUGGUGCUUUCCAAUCGCCACAGCUUCUCAUGGUCUCUGGAAUCGGUCCUCGCGAGCUUCUGGAGGAGCACGACAUCGAGGUCCUCGUCGACAGCCCCGGCGUAGGUCAGAACAUGACUGACCACGUCCUUUUCGGCUCCACAUAUCGCGUCAACGUCAUGACCGGCUCGUCUCUGGCUUACGGUAACAACAUGGACAUUGCAAAUGAACAGUUCAAGGAGGGCACUGGGCCUUUGGUCAACCCCAAUGUCGACAUGUUUGGCUGGGAGAAGGUCCCUCGAAGCAACUCCACCCGCAGCGGCUCCGGUGCACUGCCAAGCAACGCAACUGAUAUCUUGACUGACCUUGAGUGGUUCUCUCAAGACUGGCCCGAGGUCGAGUAUAUCGCGCCGGGUGGCUACUUCGGCUAUGCCACCAACUUUGCUCGAGGCAACCCGACUGACGGAUACAACUACGCAACCAUUGUCGCCGGCAUGGUCGCCACCCUUUCAAAGGGCUCUGUGUCGAUUUCAUCUUCGGACACCUCUGACCUGCCAAUUAUCGACCCCAACUGGCUCAGCCAUCCCGCCGACCAGGCCGUGGCCAUUGCGGCGUUCAAGCGCACGCGCGCCAUCUGGGAGUCCGAUGCUAUGGGCGAGGUGCGCAUCGGGGACGAGUACUUCCCUGGGAAGAACGACGUGAGCACAGACGAGGAGAUCUGGAGGUUCAUCCAGGAAAGUUUCAGCACCAUCUUCCAUGCGUCGUGCACUUGCAGGAUGGGCAAGGCGGAUGACUCUACCGCCGUCGUUGACUCCAGGGGCCGGGUGUUUGGUGUCCAGGGUCUCCGUGUCGUGGAUGCUUCAAGCAUGCCUCUCCUCCCGCCGGGUCAUCCCAUGGCUACGAUCUAUGCUCUUGCGGAGAAGAUCGGCGAGGAUAUUCUGUCUGGAGACAACACUUACUAAACACAGCCGCCGUGUAUAAUGCCAACAUCUUCUUCAACAUGUUUAUACUAUGGACGGAAGCUUGACAUGCAGAUUGAGAUAAGGGUGGCUAGAGUUGUAUUUGGCGUUUCGAGGGAUGCUUGUGGAACUUUUUAGACCUUUUCAUUUCUUGGAAGAACAUUUAUUUUGUAGUAUAGUAUUA